UCUUCUUGCCUCUCCAGCGCCCGGGGUAGCCCAGGCCCGGGAGAGAGCAGAGGAGAUUCGAGCCUCGGAGGGUAAGUUGCUGGCUUUUGAGCAGGCUUGAAGACUCUGCCUGCGUCCUCCACUUCGUCCCGGCUCUUGUCCUGUGGCAGGUGCUCCGCUCAAGAUGAAUCUCAACUUCACCUCUCCUCUACACCCGGCGUCUUCUCAGAGGCCCACAUCCUUCUUCAUCGAGGACAUCCUGCUGCACAAGCCCAAGCCGCUGAGGGAGGUGGCCCCAGACCAUUUCGCCAGCUCUCUGGCCUCUCGGGUGCCUCUGCUAGACUAUGGCUACCCCCUCAUGCCCACACCCACCCUCUUGGCUCCUCACGCCCAUCACCCUCUGCAUAAGGGAGACCACCACCAUCCUUAUUUCCUCACCACCUCGGGGAUGCCCGUCCCAGCGCUGUUCCAGCACCCCCAGCACGCGGAGCUGCCGGGGAAGCACUGCCGCCGCCGCAAAGCCCGCACUGUUUUCUCUGACUCGCAGCUCUCGGGCUUGGAGAAGAGGUUCGAGAUCCAGCGCUACCUGUCCACGCCAGAGCGAGUGGAACUGGCCACCGCCCUCAGCCUGUCCGAGACGCAGGUGAAAACAUGGUUCCAGAACCGGCGGAUGAAGCAUAAAAAGCAACUGCGGAAAAGCCAAGACGAACCCAAAGCACCAGACGGGCCAGAAAGCCCCGAGGGCAGCCCCCGCGGUUCAGAGGCCGCAGCCGCCGAGGCUCGGCUGAGCCUGCCCGCCGGCCCGUUCGUACUGACCGAGCCAGAGGACGAGGUGGACAUUGGAGACGAAGGGGAGCUGGGCUCAGGGCCGCACGUGCUCUGAGUCGCCAGGCUGGGGAGGGUGGUAGGCAGGGGAGGAGACUGCGGGGCCGAGCGCCGUUCCCUCCCGGACGGGAAGACUCAGACUCCAGUCUCGUGGCGGGCCUUGGAGAUUCGCUCCUGG